CCACAGAAAUCGGUUCACCAACUCAACGAAGCACCAUAACCAAAGUUCCAGUUAAACAAUGUUGGGACUAAUAAUUCUUGGAAUCACCUGUGGCCUUGCCACAGCAACGUAUCCUAGCUAUGGAUAUUCUUCCCAACUUGGAUAUGGUUCUGGCUAUCCUCUCUACAGUGGACUCGGUUCCUUGGGUGGUGGUUUAGGAAUUGGCAACGGCCUUGGUUCCAUUGGAGGUUUGGGACUUAACAGUGGUCUGAGCAGCGGUCUUGGCUCAUUCGGAGGUUUAGGCACUGGACUCGGUUCCCUAGGCGGUUUUGGACUUGGCAGUGGACUCGGUUCCUUAGGUGGUUUAGGAAGUGGCGGUUUUGGACUAAAUGGGCUGGGCUCACUUGGAGGACUAGGUGGAGUGACCGGUUAUACUCCAAGCUAUGGUCUUGGAAACAGUAUCGGAUAUCCGUCUUAUGGUGGAUUAGGAUACACUGGCUACUAUCCCUACCCUACUUACAAUACUGGAUUUGGAGGUUUGGGUGGAUUAGGAAGUUUGGGAGGAUUGGGGUCUAACCUUGGUGGAUUAGGUGGACUGAAUGGAGGGUUCGGUGGAUUGGGUGGAUUAACCGGAGGAUUGGGAGGAUUAACCGGAGGAUUGGGUGGAUUAACCGGAGGAUUGGGUGGAUUAAAUGGAGGAUUAGGUGGAGGAUUUGGUGGAUUGGGUGGACUCAAUGGAGGUCUUAUCGGCGGAGGUUUAGGAUAUCCUACCGGUGGUUAUAAGAAGAAAGUCUAUUAAAGAAUGAACGGAAAUGGAAUUUGUUUCAGUCUAACAGGAUAACAACAUAUGCAGACCAUAAUGUUUCAUGAUGAUGUUUUUAUAGUUUUGAAUAAAUGUUCAUUUCAUUGCAACUUCA